UUAGAUUUCCAACUCAGUCCUAAAUCCGGUGCGCAGCCUGGCCAAGCUUCCGGGUGUGCUUGUUUUGAACAACGUUCUGUCCCGUCUAAGCCUCGUUCUUUAUUUCCCAGAACACCCCACCCAUUCGCUUUGUUUUACACGUGACUAUAAACUGUAAACGAGACCCUAAACGAGCGCCACCGGCACUCCGAUCUGUCAUGUAACAUUUUCAAAGGACACGGUAAAAUACCGCGUGUCCGCGCUCGUCACCGUAACCUCUAAAGCCGUUUAAACACAGGACCGUUACUGACAGUCUGCUAGCUGCUAGCUAGGAUGUUUCAUCGCAGUAAAAACCUAAAAUAUUUGCUCAACCUUGUCCCGGGUAAAAGUAGCCUGGGGACAUACCGGUUUCUCCCGAUCUUCUUCUGCAUUGGAGGAGUCAUGGAGUGGAUCAUGAUCAACGUCAGGGUCGGAAAAGAGACGUUCUAUGACGUAUACCGGCGUAAAAAGUCGGAGAGAGAAUACCAGCAGAGGAUCACGGAUGGACUGGUUGAACCAGCAGCCAAGUGACCACUGGUCUCAGUGGACACGGACUCGCGUGUGUAUUCAGACACACCCACAGAACUGGAGCGUGUGUGGAUUGUGUGACGUCAACAACAAGCGUCAGUGAUGGAGAACUCUCUUCCAACAUGCAGCUUUUAUUGUUUAUAUGGUGUAAAAACAGACACAGCAGUAAUAAUAACAGUGAACGUUGAAGAGAAAGAGUGGAAAAAACAAAACAAUAGUGCGUUUGUUCAUACUUGGACAUUAGUUUGGCAAAAAAAAAAAAAA